CCUACAUUAUAAACUCGAGCACAGCGUGAAUAACAUAAACCGUUGUAUAAUUAUAGUAAUGUAAUCGCCAAUAAUAACAAUACUGUUAUUAUUAAUGUUAUGAGCAAUUUCUUGUGUUUCAUCCUGCAAUGUCAAAAUAUAUUUCUGCAAAAUCUGCACAGGUAGAUUUUUCCGACAAGCGCGGCGAUCUGAAACAUUCCACAUUCAGACACCAACUCGCUUCAGACAAUCAGAUAUGGCUGAUCACCGAUGUUUGACUUUCCUGCUCUUUCUUCGUGGAUUGUAUUUCCUUUUUGCGCUGAGAAAAACGGACCAGAACUUAGGCCUGAAGGACAUCUACAUCCUAGGGUUAUUCCCCUUGGAGGGAGCUUGGAAUGGUGGAAUGAGUAUCCAGCCAGCAACUGAGAUAGCUAUCGACUAUGUUAACGAACACGCGAAUGUUCUUCCAGGGUAUCGACUAAAAAUGAUAUGGGAAAACACAAUGGACUUGGCGUCAAGAUCAUCGCAGAAACGAUAUGUGAAGAUCAAAAGUUCCUCGCUGUACUUGGAGAUGGGUGUUCAAUCGUUUCUAAAGCUGUGGCAGAGGUGGUACAUUUCUGGAAUCUGGUACAGAUUUCGUACAUGUCUACAUCAUCAGCUUUAUCAAACAAAAGGAAGUUCCCCUACUUUUUUCGAGUCGCCAAUCCCGAGCAGAAAUUGAAUUAUCCACGCAUUGAAGUAUUGAAGUAUUUCAACUGGACCAAGGUCACCACGGUACACCAGUCAUACCAACUCUAUGCAACGAUGAUUGAAGAACUUGGGAAACUCAUGACCAGGGAAAACAUUACGAUUACUAAACAAUACCAGUUCAGUGAGGACCCAAAACCAAUUGUCGAUCUAUUAAAGGUGAGCUGGUCUGCAUAUCCCAGAAUAAUAUUUUCUUGUUUUUUUAUUACGUAUCAAAGCUUAAACCCUAAAUUAGCAAUCUGAUUACAAUUAGCUCUACUGGUCUCGCCAGUAGAUCUAACAGCAUUACGUGGACUCCCAUGACCAGGUGACAGUUCAUUUAUAAAUAACAAUUUA